GCGAACUCGCACCGUCGCCGUGUCCGCAGAACUCCCUCGUCGCAGUCCUCCCGACGCGAGCCCGUGCGUCUCAGGCCUCCUGUCGCCCGGCCGGCCAGGAGCUCCCGGCGCUCCAGUUCCUCCGCGCGCCCUCCUGCGAACCCCCGGCCCGUCUCGCGCCCCUUCCUCGGCUUGCGCGCAGCAUGGCGCCCCUGCAGGCCCUCGCGUUCGGGCUCCUGCUUGCGGCGGCGACGGCAGCGGUGGCCGCGGCUCAGAAAGGAUGUAUCUGUGAAAACUACAAACUGACCACAAACUGCUCUCUGAAUGCACAUGGCCAGUGCGAGUGUAUUUCAAUUGGCACACAUCAUUCCGUCAUUUGCUCAAACCUGGCUACCAAAUGUUUGGUGAUGAAGGCAGAAAUGACUGGCUCAAAGUCUGGGAGAAGAGCAAAACCUGACGGGGCUCUGCAGAAUAAUGACGGGCUCUAUAAUCCUGACUGUGAUGAGAAGGGGCUCUUUAAAGCCAAGCAAUGCAAUGGCACCGCCACGUGCUGGUGUGUGAACACUGCUGGGGUCAGGAGAACUGAUAAAGACACUGAAAUAUCCUGCUCUGAACGAGUGAGGACCUUCUGGAUCAUCAUUGAACUAAAACACAAAGCAAGAGAACAACCUUACGAUGUUCAAAGUUUGCAGACUGCUCUCAAGGAGGCAAUCACGACCCGUUAUCUACUAGAUCCAAAAUACAUUGUAAAUAUAAUGUAUGAGAAUGACAUUAUCACCAUUGAUCUGAUGCAAAAUUCUUCUGAGAAAACUCAGAAUGAUGUGGACAUUGCUGAUGUGGCUUAUUAUUUUGAAAAAGAUGUUAAAGAUGAAUCCUUGUUCCACUCCAACAAAAUGGACCUGAGAGUAAAUGGGGAACAAUUGGAUCUGGAUCCUGGUCGAACUUUAAUUUACUAUGUUGAUGAAAAACCACCAGAAUUUUCAAUGCAGGGUCUCCAAGCUGGUAUUAUUGCUGUCAUUGUGGUGGUGGUAAUAGCAAUUAUUGCUGGAAUAGUUGUGCUGGUUAUUUCCAGAAAGAACAGAAUGGCAAAGUAUGAGAAGGCUGAGAUAAAGGAGAUGGGUGAGAUGCAUAGGGAACUCAAUGCAUAAUGACAGUAAUUUGAAGAGUAACUACAAGAAGGGAAAUUAGCAAACAGACUCUACAAAUGUAUGAGCAUGGGACAAAGAGAAGAUCUUUGAGGCCUACUAUUUUGUUAGUUAACCUCAUAUAUUUGUAAUAAUGAAACCUGUCCUCAGAAUAUAAGCAGCAUAAACUUAACUUUACCAAUCUUAAAAUUUGACUGAAGAGUCAUAUAUGCAGAUCUGAUAUAAAACUCAGGAGUUUGCAUGGUUAAAAUUAUUUAUGUGUAAUAUUGAAGAGCGUGCAUUACACUUUCACAGUAGAAUUGGAAUGACUAGUCUCAUCCAUUUGUGAUUGAAAGCUGCCUUUCUGUUUACUUUGAGUCUUGUACAUAUUCACUUUUUUUAUUAACUAUAAAAUAAAACAUUUUAAAACUGAA